UAUUAUUAUUAUUCAUUUAAUUUGUUGUUGGUGAGACUUGAGAGGAGAGUUAAAUAGUGAUAAUAUAUUUUUUGUUUUUUCAAUUUUUUUCAGAUCAUUAAACACAACAUACAUUUAUCACCACUCAUUUUUUAUGUCCCUGUUUAAUUUACUCCUCCAUGAAAAUUACCUAGGAUUCAAUUUUUGUUCUUUUCCAUUUUUGGGCAUGUAUUUUAGUUUGAAAGGAUAUAUACUUAUAUAGAGAUAUACAGUGAUUAGAGUUAGUUUUGAGGAGAUAAAUGUGUUGUUUUUAACUUUUUAUAAUAGAAUUAAUUAAGAUGCUUUUGGCACAUCGAAUUCUGAAUUACAAGAGAUCAUUAGUGUCUUUUCAAUCCUUAUAAUUUUGAGAGCAAGGUUGUUUUGACGAGGAGAAGAUAUUUGAUAGAACAAUGAAAGGGUGGUAGGGUGCAAAAUCUUUGUUGGGAAUUAAGAGUUAUUUAUAAAUGGCUGCGUCAGUGGGUGGAAGUAGGCUUCAAAGCAUGUUGCAAGCUGCAGUUCAAUCUGUUCAAUGGACCUACAGCCUCUUCUGGCAACUUUGUCCACAACAGAUGAUUUUGGUUUGGGGGGAUGGUUACUACAAUGGGGCAAUUAAGACAAGGAAGACAGUGCAACCAAUGGAGGUUAGUGCUGAGGAGGCGUCUCUCCAAAGAAGCCAACAGCUCAGGGAACUCUAUGACUCCUUGUCCGCCGGAGAGACGAAUCCGCCCACUCGCCGCCCUUGCGCCGCCUUGUCGCCGGAGGACCUAACAGAAUCCGAAUGGUUCUAUUUGAUGUGUGUCUCAUUCUCAUUUCCUCCUGGUGUUGGAUUCUGUUUAGUUAUUAAUAGUGCUCGUAUACAGACCGUGGUGUGCAUUCCUCUAUUGGACGGUGUCGUUGAGUUUGGCACAAUAGAUAAGGUUCAAGAAGAUAUUAAGUUUAUCCAACACGUGAAGAGUUUUUUCAUAGAACACCACCACGCCUCCGUCCAUCCUCCGCCGCCGCCGCCGAAGCCAGCCCUCUCAGAGCACUCCACCUCCAAUCCUGCAUCCUCAUCUGACUGUCUCAUUUAUACCGUAGCGGACCCACCAUUACCUCCGCCUAAUCUUACCCAUGAAGACAAUAUGGAAGAAGAUCAAGACAAUGAGGAAGAAGAAGAGGAAGAGGAAGACGAAGAUGAUGAAGAAGAAGAACCCAUAUUGGACUCUGAAGAUGAAAAGAGACGAAAUAAUAAUAAUGUUUCAGGUGGAAUUACAGAACCAAGUGAGUUGAUGCAAUUAGAAAUGUCUGAAGAUAUUAGAGUUGGAUCACCUAAUGAUGGAUCAAAUAAUCUUGAUUCCAAUUUUCAUUUACUAGCCGUUACCGAAGCAGAUAAUCAUUCGGGUCAAGUUGACUCUUAUCGAGUUGACCCGACCCAAAGAUGGGAUCCAAUUCAAAGCCCUUUGGAUCAACUCCAAGUUCAACUACCAGUCUUUUCACCUAUAGAAGAUCAAAUAUUGACACAAGAAGAUGAUCACUAUUCUCAAACUGUAUCAAGCAUCCUCCAAAAUCAAUCAACCCGUUGGGCUGAGUCUCCUUCAAUAGCAUGCUACGUCACUUGCUCCAACCAAUCAGCAUUCGCCAAGUGGACAUCCCUCGUCGCCGACGAACAUCUCCACGCCGCCACGGCCGACGGCUCCUCCCAAUGGCUCCUAAAAUACAUCUUAUUUACCGUGCCCUACUUACACUCCAACAAAAACAAUGAAGAAAACAAUAGUUCUCCAAAUAACACAAACCCUACCAGCUCAGCCGGUCCGACAGACCGGCUGCGCGGAGGGGGAAAAGGCAGUGGCACUCCGCAGGACGAGCUGAGUGCCAAUCACGUCCUGGCGGAGCGCCGCCGCCGUGAGAAGCUAAAUGAGAGAUUCAUCAUCCUAAGAUCACUUGUCCCAUUUGUUACCAAAAUGGACAAAGCUUCAAUUUUAGGUGACACAAUUGAAUAUGUGAAACAACUUAGAAGGAAGAUCCAAGACUUAGAGGCACGUAUCCGACAAAUGGAAGCUGAACAACAACGUUCGAGGACACCAUCAACAACAAUUGAAGUUCACCAUUGUGGCUCCUCCAACAAGGAGCAACAACAACACACGGUUGUGUUAGGGCAUGAGAAGAGGAAGGUGAGGAUUGUGGAGGGGACGAAGACCGCAACCAAGGUGGCGGCGGCGGCGGCCACAGAGGCAUCGGUGCAGGUUUCGAUUAUAGAGAGUGAUGCAUUGUUGGAGUUGGAGUGUAGUCAUAGGGAAGGGUUACUACUUGAUGUGAUGUUGGUGUUAAGAGAGAUGAAGAUUGAGGUUAUUGGGGUUCAAUCCUCACUCAACAAUGGAGUUUUUGUGGCUGAAUUGAGGGCCAAGGUUAAGGACAAUAAUUGUGGGAAGAAGGUUAGCAUUGUGGAAGUCAAGAGGGCAUUAAAUCAGGUUAUACCCCAUACUGGUGAUUAAUUAGGUUUUAAAUUAAAUCAAGAUUAUUAGGAUCAUUUUUUCCUUAAUGUGAAUUACUAGCUAGGUGUUAUGUAUAAGUUGAUGUUUAAGACCUUAAAUUUAUGGGCCAUUUAUUAUUAUAUUGAAAUUUUCUUAGAUCAAAUGAUGAGGGGGAAAAAAAAA